CAACUGUUGAUAUGCAAUCUAGUAAUCGUUUUAAACUUCAGAAUUUACUUCCCAUUUUUCCAUUAUGGACAGCAAAACUCCACUAAAUCGUCGGCGACCAGUUUCCUCAAAAAUUCCAACUCGUUCGGCGUAUCGAGAACCGUUGAAACAAUCUAGUGGUGCAAAACGAACUCCGUCGGGAGUUAUACUAAAAGCUGACGGUCGCCCAUUCACUUCACCGCAUCAGGAUGUCACUCCGCAAGGAAGGAAAAAUAAAAACAUUGGGGAACCUCAGCAAGUAGAUAGCAAUUCUGCAACGAAAGUUGCCGCCGAUUAUUCGCUGCAACGGGCCGUGGAAGGUUUAUCUAGUCAAAGUAAUACAUACCAAGAGCCGUUGAACCUUGAAGAUACGAUGAUAUUUACUGACAGACAGGAAUCCGGGUUACAUCAUCAAAAUUCCAUCGAUUCCGCAACGUUUUACGGAAUUCCCAGCCCUUGCCAGGAGAUGCCAAGCCGAGUUUUUAUACGCGACAGUAGCAGUCUCGACGGUGGACUAGAGAGGCAUGUUGUGUUCAGCUUCGUGCGCGAAAAUCAAAUGGACCCUGAUUCCAGUGGCUGUAGUCAGCGGUUAAGUAAACUGAAUGUCAGCAAUAGUUUCAUGAACGUCUGUAAAGCAAACAACAAACAGAAUGUCAAAUCGGUCGGAAUGUCGUGCGUUUGGAUCACAAGCAUAACGUUGAUUAUUUUGAUCACCAGCCUGAUACUAUACUUAACCGUAUUGUUGGCGAAUCGCGUCGAAUAUUUAGUAAACGAAAUAUCCAGAUACGGCGAACUGGACGACCAAGAUGCCUCUAGCUGGCUGCAGUGGCUUAAAACAAUUUGGGAACGCAUGAAUACCAUUUUGUCCACUGGACUUUAA